AUGUCGACGUCGACUGCGCAGCCCGCUGACCCCAUCGCCAAGGGCGUGCUGGCCACGGCCAAGCAGUCCUUGAAGGACCUCUUCAUCUGGAGGCAGCGUACCGUCGUUGUUAGCCCGACUGGCGAGACGCACACAGAAUGGCAAGAUCCCGACCCAAUCAAGAACCCCAUCAGCCUUAUGGCUCAGCUCAGCCCUCGCGACUGGCUCUUCUUCCUCUGCGGUUUCUGCGCCUGGACCGCCGAUGCCUUCGACUUCCACGCCUUGUCUAUCCAGACCACCAAGCUGGCCAAGUACUACGACCGCUCAAAGACAGAUAUCACCACUGCCAUCACCUUGACUCUGCUUCUCCGUUCCGUCGGCGCCGCCUUCUUCGGUCUGGCUGGUGACAAGUAUGGUCGCAAGUGGCCCAUGGUUCUCAACAUGAUCAUCCUCGGUCUUUUGCAGAUUGCCACCAUCUACAGCAAGACUUUCCAGCAAUUCUUGGCUGUGCGCAGUUUGUUUGGUCUCUUCAUGGGAGGUGUCUACGGUAACGCCAUUGCCAUGGCUCUUGAGCACUGCCCCUCCAACGCUCGUGGUUUAAUGUCCGGUAUCUUGCAACAGGGCUACUCAUUCGGUUACGUCCUCGCCGCUUGCGCCAACCUUGGUGUCGGCGGUGGCACCGAAACCUGGAAGACGGUCUUCUGGAUCGCUGCCGGUAUCUCCAUUGCCGUCGGUCUCGUCCGUAUUGCUUUCCCCGAGUCCCAGCAGUUCCUUGAGGCCAAGGCCCACGGAAAGAAGUCGGCCUCACCCGGCGCCUUCUGGCGCGAGACCAAGAAGAUGCUGGCCCAGGAGUGGAAGAUGUGUGUCUACUGCAUCAUCCUCAUGACCUGGUUCAACUACUACUCCCACACCUCGCAAGACUCGUACACCACCUUCAUGAUUGCCCAGAAGGAGAUGGACAACGCUGGUGCUUCCCGUGCCUCCAUUCUCAUGAAGGCUGGCGCUUGCGUUGGUGGCACCAUCAUCGGCUACCUGUCCCAGUUUGUCGGUCGUCGCCGCGCCAUCAUCGUGUCUGCUCUCAUCUCUGCCUGCCUCAUCCCCGCCUGGAUUCUUCCUCAGGGCGAGCGCAGCUUGAGUGCCAGCGGUUUCUUCAUGCAGUUCUUCGUCCAGGGUGCCUGGGGUGUCAUUCCCAUCCACCUCAACGAGCUGUCGCCCCCGGCCUUCCGCUCCUCUUUCCCCGGUAUCACCUACCAGCUCGGUAACAUGAUCUCGUCCCCUUCUGCGCAGAUUGUCAACGCCAUCUCCGAGAAGACCUUUGUCAGAGCCCCCUCAGGCCACAGCGUCGAGGCCUAUGGACCUGUCAUGGGUAUCGCCACGGCCAUCAUCGCCAUGGGCAUUGUCGUCACCACCAUGUUCGGACCCGAGCGUCGCGGCCGCAGCUUUGAGCACGCCGUCGCCGGUGUGCAAGGCGAGGCCGUCGAGACCAAGGAGAUUGACGACCACGACGAGGAGAAGGGCAGCAUCAGGGCCUCCAACGUCGAGGACACCCGCAAGGAGUAA